AUGCCGAGUUUCCUUGCGAAGCUCCAGCGGCCUUUUGCGGAGCGCGCACCAGCGGAGCAUGGCGCGUCCAUGCCCGCCGAGGGCAGCGCGCCUGCCCGUGGCGCCACACGCCCUCCUAGUGUCGCAUCCACGUCAUCGAAGCAGAGCAGUGCCAUCAAGAGCCUCGGCAAGCUCCGACACAUGCGGCUUGCCGGGAAGAAGGAGGCAGAGGCAGCAAGCACGUUGCCUGUGCAGAGUGAGUCUGCGGCGGGCCCGCGCGACGCGAGCGACAGCAGCACUCGCGUGCCGUCGCGCAGCGCGCUGCGCCUCUCGCUCGACCUCAAGAACCGCCGCAGCUCCGUCUCGCGCGCGGCGGACGCGUCGGUGGACGCGUCAGACCUCACGCGCGUGCCGCUCGCUGAGGCGGCGCCCGACGUGCCGCUCAGCGAGUCGCAGGAAGCCCGCCUUGAUGCUGAAGGCGAUGCGGCCGUCCAGGCGCUGCACGCCGGGGCCGAGCCGGUGCCGCCCCCCAAGAUCGUGGUCCCCGAGACGGAGGAAACGAGCGCCACGCUGACUGACGCGCUGGACGCGUCGUCGCCGUCGUCGAUGGGGACGGCGCCGCCCAUCGAUUCGCCCGUGCUCCCUGACGCUUCGCCGCCGCCACCGCCCCUCGCGGUUCCGCCGCUGCCGUGGCACCAGCUGCGCGCCAAGCCCUCGUCGCCUAAGCUGACCACCGACAUGGCGUCUCUCGCUGAGGAGCCAGCGGCGCCCGAGUCGUCGCCCUCCAGCACGCUGCCGAGCGCCGCGAGCGCGAUAGACGUGUCGCCCACGGAGCGCGAUGCAGGCGACAGCGACGUCAAGCCGUCGUCCAGCAUGUUCCACAUGGGCAGGCGCGGGCUGGAAGUGAUGGGCCGCCUGCGCCCAAUCCACAUGGCGUCGAGCAACCGCAUGCUCGCGCCGCGGUCGGAGUCGAACAAGAGCGACUACCGCCGGCGCUCUCUCUUUGCGCCGCUGAUGAGCCGCGUCGAUUCACGCGCGACCAUCGCCUCGCCAACGCGGCAGUGGCUCGACUGGCUCGAGGCGCCUGGCCUCGCGCUGCCGCGUGCGUCCAAGCUGCGGGCGUUCCGCUCGCCGUCGGUGCUCUCGACGUCAUCCAGCAUGCAGAGCCUGCGGCAGGCGGGACCAUCGCCGCCGAUAUCCCCGGUUGACGCGCCCGGCCUCUUCGGCAUGCCGCUGAGCCGGGCUGUGGCGGCGACACGCGCGGCUGCUGCCAUCUCGCCCGACCUGGUGCCACCUGAACACGAGCUGGCCACCGAGGAGGGGAUCUUGCGACCGCCGCUAUGGUCGCGCGCCGAGGCGCAGCAGCGGUACCUGCCGCGCAUUGUGACGCGGUGCAUUGAGAGCCUCGAGAAGUGGGGCUGCGACGAAGAGGGCAUCUACCGCAUCUCGGGCCGUAGCUCGCACUCGACCAAGCUGCGUGCGCUGUGGGACGUGCCCGGCACCGACCUGAACAUGGCCGACAUUGGGCCCGCCGACCUGGACGUACACGCCGUGUGCAGUGUGCUGAAAAUGUACCUGCGCGAGCUACCAGAGCCGCUCGUGCCAUACGAGAUGGCCGCAGUGAUGGAGCGCAUGUGCGGUAGCACGGCGCCAGCGCAGUCGCCUGUCCUCUCGCGGCCCGACUCGGUGAUGAGCACCGCCUCGCGUACAGCCCCGUCGGGGCUCGAUGACGAAAAGCAGGCGGAGGUGGCGCGCGAGCUGGAGCCGCUCAUGCACCGUAUCCCGUACUGCGAGUGGUACCUGCUUCGCGAGCUCGCGGAGCACCUCGGCGUGCUGACCGAGCCUACGACGGUGGCGCGAACGAAGAUGCCGCUCUCGAACCUCACGCUGGUCCUGGCUCCGACGCUCCAGGUGUCAGGUCUGCUGUUCAUGACGCUCGUCCAGAAGCGACACAUGCUCUUUUCGGAGGCUACGCGCCCUGUCUUCGAUGCCCAGUCGCUCGCGGAGAAGAGCGGCUGGGCAUCGCCCGUGCUGGAUCGCGUCGAGCCGCCUACGCUCGCGCUCUCGGCCCCCGUGGAAGCCGCGCGUGGGCGCCUACCCCAACUCGACGUACCUGAAGAGGACGUGUCCGACGAACUCCACCCCGCCCAGCUUCAGGAUGCGUCCGAGAACCCCGUCGAGCAACCUCACGACGAGAGCCAACAGGCGCCCGAGGCACCUGAGGCCGCCGAAGCAUCCAGGGCAGCCGAAGCACCCAAGGCAGCCGAAGCACCGAAGGAAGCCGAAGCACCGAAGGAAGCCGAAGCACCGAAGGAAGCCGAAGCACCCGAGGCACCCAAGGCACCCGAGGAUCCCGAGGCACCCAAGACAGCCGAGGAUCCCGAGGGAACGCCUGAACCACUACCGAUCGCCCAGCGCUUUUCCCAGCCGCGAAGUUCGAUCUUAGCCGACUCUGUCCAUAAUAUUACGCAGCAGGCCUCGUAA